UGAGUUGUGAAUUGUAGGACCCUUUCGCAUUGUCUUUCUUUUAUUCUCAUAAGUGUGUUUUAUAAUUUGAUAACUCUUUUAUUUUAAUUACAGAGACCGAAGAAAUGUUCGAGAGGAGCAGGGUAGGGAAUACCUAGAAAGUCUCAGAAUGGACCAAUUAAACGUGGGAAAUAUUUAAAAAGAAUAUCGAACAAUAUUCAAUGUAGAACCGUCCGGUAUGUUAACAUUGGGAUAUACACAUAGUCAUCAUUUCUGUUUAUUUAUUAUAAAUAAUUUUUAUUUUGCUUUUUUACAGGAUAGGGAAAGACAACGUUUGUUAGAAAUUGAAGAGGUACGUGACAUUUAAUAGCUUGGAACAAUUUUUAACAGUUUUACUAAACAUUCAUAUAUUUUUUUAAAUGUCGUUUUUAUGUGUACAAAAAAAACAUUGCAUUAUUGCAGAGACAGAAAAAAUAGACGUGACCAGCAAGACAGAGAGUACGAAGAAGGGUUAAGAAGAGAUCAAGAGAGGGACCUACAACACCUCGUCGGUGCUGAAGGCGAAGGCAACAUUAGAGUCCGUCUCCGUGGAAGGGACACAACCUUCCAAAGACGUUUCACUGCUUCCGAUACAAACGAGCUCUUGUAUCAAGUGGCCAUUGCCAACCUGCGCGAGAGGAAUAUCACCAUCCGAAAUGCCAGUGGAAGAAUCAUUGAAAGAAAUGACGAUCCUAUUGACGUUGUAGACGCAACGACACUAAUGGUCUUUCAUGACUUGGGGCGGACACUACCAGGCCACCUUUUCCGACCUUUGUUUGGCAGUGUUGUGCCCAACCCUUGCUGGAGACCCAGAAGUAAGGGCCACUAUUGACUUAAGCAAUGUUACCCAGGAUCGCAUACAAGCUGCUGUAGCAGAGGCUGAGGCGAGACUGGCCCUUACAACCUAAUCAAUGUGAGUUUUGUUGAUUGUCUUGAAUCACCAUCACCAUCCGAAAUGCCAGUGGAAGAAUCAUUGAAAGAAAUGACGAUCCUAUUG